ACAUUUUCUGGGCUGCAAGCCACAGCCAUACCUUAGUGUCUAAGAAGCCGCGCGGUCAUGGGCAACGCUACCUCGACGGCCGCCAUCCGGACGGCCUCGGAGCUGCGCAGUGAGCUGAUCCAGCCGGCGGCGACCGCGACCGGCGGCUCAGACGAGGCGCCGGCCCUGGCCCCGACGGCGGCGGAGCCGGGCGGCGGCGCGACCCAGCCGUACCGCUACCUGCCGGCCGAGUGCCCGAUGUCGGCCGGGGCCGGCGGCGCGCGCCCGCUGCCACCGGAGUGCCCCAUGUCGGCCGGUGGCGCGCUGCCGCCUCACCAGCAUGGCAUCGUCACCGACCGCGCCGGCGCCGUCCUCCAGAUCGACCCCUCCAACAUGGAGGCGCCACCUAACCAGGUGCCGGCGGCAGAUCAGCCGUUCCCGCUGUCGACGGAGCGCCAGGUGUCGAACAUCCCGCGCGCCACCGAGGAGACGUCCAACUGGGUCUACCCGUCGCCACAGAUGUUCUGGAACGCCAUGCUGCGGAAAGGCUGGCGCUGGAAGCAGGAUGAUCUCUCCCAGAAGGACAUGGACAACAUCAUCAGGAUCCACAACGUCAAUAAUGAGCUGGCGUGGCAGGAGAUUCUCAAGUGGGAGGCGCUGCACGCGCACGAGUGUGGCGAGCCGAAGCUGAAGCGCUUCGGCGGAAAGGCGUCAGACUACUCGCCACGCGCGAGGUUCAGAAACUGGCUCGGGUACGAGCUGCCAUUCGACCGGCACGACUGGAUCAUCGACCGCUGCGGCAAGGAGGUGCGCUACGUCAUCGACUACUACGACGGCGGCGACGUCGACCCCGACAGCUAUAAGUUCGCGCUGCUGGACGUGCGGCCGGCGCUGGACAGCUGGGAGAACGCCUGGGACCGCAUGGUGGUGGCCUGGUACCGCUGGUUCUACGCCAACUAGUCGGCCGAGGGCAGCGUUGUAGCCAUAGAUGUGAGAGUGCCGCUGCAGGCUAGCAGACGGUGGUGCUGACGUGCUGUGUGCGGCGGUGCAGCGCCAGGCGACGACAAGCCUGGAACCAGUGACAUCGCUCCCCAGUUGUAAGCCCGUGAGGUCCAGGCAUACGCGGAGGAGGUUGCGUGAGGAGUACAGGUGUUAUAAAGUGCCCCCCGCACGCGGCGCAGGCCCCACAACAGCAGGGUGGGUUGCCAUUAAUGAGUGUACCAUUGCUAUCAGCACUGAGUACCCGUCAUGCCCGGCGCUCCGCAGUCAUAUGCUCUGGCUAAGAAUCAAGCUGUCUGAACUUCCUGACUGGUAUUUAUUCGUAGUCGGUCGGAGCAGUCGAAUGACAACAUUUGACAUGUUGUGAUCAUACAACCAACUCUGCAUGGUAGAAUUCUCCGAGGAGUGACUUGUUCUCGAAAGUCAAGGCAUGCUACAGUGCAUCAACGGGGCAUGUCGCGAUAAAGACAACCAGUGAUGAGUGGUUCGAGGCUGUUCCAACAUAGGCUGUCCACGGUCGUUGUGGCGAAGGCAUGGUGUGUUUGCUCGUGCGCUGUUUUGCAGGUAUGAAUGGCUGUGUAAGAGGCACGCA